AUGAGAAAUGAGGAAGCUGAAAAAUUAUUUUGGAUUUUUAAUAAUAAAGUUAGACCAAUUAAUUAUAGCGAAAUUGUUGAAAACACUACACCAAGAAAAUCAUCAAUAAAUAGAGAAAAGAUUGAAAGUGAAAAUAAUGGUCAGGUUUAUAAUGAAUUAUUUUUUUUUAAAUUGUUAUUAAAUGAAGAUUUAUCAAAAUUUUUAAUUUCAUUAAUUAAUACAAAUCUUAGACAUGAGAGGGAGAAAAAAAUUAGAUAAAGGGAAGGAUAUUUCAAGAUUAAAUGAUUUAACCGAUAUUACAUUCUGGAAAUUUAUAACUGAUUAUUUAAAAAAUAUUUAUUCAAAUAAAAACAAUGAUAAGAUACCACCUGAAUUAAUUAAUUUAAAAAUGAUGGAUCACAAUAGAUAUUCAGCAGUACAUAAUGUUUUGGAUAUGAAAAGUCAUAGAUUUGAAGAAUAUUGUGAAAUAUUUAUGAACAGUGCAUUGAAAUAUAUUAAUAUUGGUAACGUUCUCAAUUGUGAUGAAACAAUAUACGCAUAUUAUGGGAAAGAUGCUAUUAAAGAUCAUAUAUUGAUUAAUAAUGAUAGCAAACCCCAUUCAGUCGGAAUUGAAGCAUAUAGUCUAACAACCAAAUUGAAUAUUAGUAAUUGUCCAUAUGUAAUUAGUUAUGGUCCAAGAACACCAGAAAACUGUCAAUCUCCUUUCAAUUCAUUAAAAACCCUUUUGGAUAAUUUACAUUCAAAAUAUAAUUGGGAGGAUCCAAGGAAUAACUUAAUCGUAUGUUGCGAUAGUGCCUUUGCAUUAGUAAAUAAUAAAGAAUGUUUAGAUGAAUUGAAAUGUCGUAUUUUAUCCUCAACAAGGAAGAGUGGCGUGACUGUUCCUCAAGAAAUUAAAAUAUUCGUCAAACCUUUAUUAACCAUACAUAAAACAUUCCUUUUUUAUGAUGAAAGCACAGGACUAUUGUACGAGUAUACCAAAAAUACCGCUGGUCAUAUCAAUUGCAUUGCAACAAAUCUAUAUUCAAGAUAUUCAAACCCAUAUGUGGAAAUUAAUAAUAAUCUAAAUAUAGAACAAUUUGCAACUAUUGGAAAUUUAUUUCGUUUUUCAAAAAAAGAAUUAGAACUAAUUUUUGUUGGUGAGACACUGCAUGGGACAACAUUGGAAAUAUUAAAUGGCAAAUAUAAAACUAACUUUGUAAAACCACCAUGUGGUCCUUUUUGGAACGAACAAAUGUUGAAGAAAUUAUCAGCUGAACACAUAGCUCAAAUAUAUAAUGAUAAAUACAAAAAAGAAAACAACAAUCUUAACAAAAACGACAAAAUUAAAAAAAUAUUAGAACCAUUGGAUAGCACUCAAGAUGGUGGGAUAUAUGAUAAAAACAAAAAUUAUUCCAAGAAGGAACUACAAGAUUUAAAAAUAAAAGUUAUUGGUACUCAUCAGAAUCGUUCCCAAAUGAUUCAUGAUCAAUAUAUUUUCUGGUACAACCUUGUAGACAUCACAGACAAACGUUACUAUGCUACAAUUAGAGGUAGCUCUUCCCACUCGUAUACUAAAUUAUUUAUAUUAGGUGGUUUGUUUGAUUUAAUACUAAAUUCAUAUUCUCUGCACCGUGAAUAUCAUGAAAUGGAAUUAGAAUGUAAAAAUCCAGAAAAUCAACCUCCGGAAAUAAUUCAAACAAUAAAUAAAUUUGUUGAAUCCCUCAUUUUUCAAUUUCAUGAAUUAAAAGAAUUACAAUAA